CUUGUCUUGUCUUGGGUUAAGUCGGCAUAUGCAGACUUGCUGUACUCCGCCAACUUUAUUGAUGUGUGUGAAAUCACCAAGUAAGCAGGUCACUUGCUAGGUUUUUGAUUGAGUUUGGAUUUGAAAGAGUCUAAUGAGUUUAUCAAUGUUGUGUCCAUGUUUAACUCGUUCCAAUCUUUGGUAGUUCGAGGGAAGAAGCUGUAUCUAUGAACAUCCCUUUUGACUAGUAGACGCUGGAGCUUGAUACUAUUUCCUCUAGUCUGCCGGGUGUUUUGCUGGAUGAAGUUUUUGGGGUUGAUGGCAACAAGACCUUUGAUUAUUUGGAACAUUUUGCUCAGUCUACUGUAUUUCCGUCUGUCUUCCAAUGAGUCCCAUUCUAAGGCCCGUAACAUGGUUGUGACGCUACUGGUUUGUCUGUAGUUCCCCAUACAGAAACGAGCUGCCUUUCUCUGAAUGGCUUCUAUUUUCUGGGUAUCCUUCUUGUAAUGGGGAUCCCAUGCAGGGGAGGCGUAUUCCAGGAUUGGUCUCACCAACGUUUGGUAGGAAAGUUGUUUUAUUUCCUUGGGAGCAGACCAAAGUUCCUUCUCAGGAAACCGAGUACUCUGGAAGCUUUGGAGCAGACUUUGUUGAUCUGGGCGUCCCAGCGCAUCCUGUUAUCCAUUUCAACACCAAGCAUGAAAACGGAGGAACAUGAAGUAUGUCAGAUGUACAUGCCUGCUGAAGUGUCUGUUACUACUUGGACUGAAUAUCUUGGCAGAAGAGAUUGAUCCGACCUUGAAGACAGUGUCCUGCUGCAACGACGAAUAUGGUCUCAACUACACACUCCCAAUGUUUGUUCAUUGCACGGAGAAGCGACACCGGAACGGUAGUAUGAUCCAGACUAUACCCAAGUUGCUGCCAGCGUCCUCGUCCGAAGGUACCGUUUGCAGAAUGAAAAGCGAACUCGGGAUCCGGCCUGGACUUCGCAUCUGUUCGUUCCCUGAUUGCUUAAGUAACCCUUGUGUAAACGGCUGGUGUGAGGAGUCUAUGAGCGGAUAUCAGUGUCACUGCAUCGCAGGUUAUUCUGGGAAGCACUGCAUGUCAUAUGAACCGGGUAGCACUUCAGGACAAACUAACAUAAACAUCAGUGGCACUCGUAUUCCAAGCACUGACACUCCGAACACCACAAAAUCUCCAAGUGAAGAUACAACGAAUAAUGUGGUUAAUUGUACUGGAUUAUCAUCUUGUCCCGAAGACUGGAUACCGGGAGAUGGCAAAUGUUACAGGCUUCCAAAAUGGGUACCCACGCACUUGAAUGAAUCUGUAGAAUACUGCAACAGCCUAUCGCCUGUUGACUUCGGUGAGAAAAUGAGGUACCCGUCUCUACUAGUACCCGAGAGUGACAGAGAGACUGACAUCCUCCGAAAAUGUGUACUACCCAUCGUCCACCCGACCAAGGACCGAUGUUUCCUGAUCAAUUGCAGACGUGUACAUGGACGGGACGGGGAUGGCGCAUUUUCCUGUGAGACAGACCGGUUUGGCAACACGACAGAUUACAGAAAUUGGAAAAUCGGUCAGCCUCUCAACUGGGAAGGUGAUAACUGCAUCCGGAUAAUAUUUCGGACCAAACUCAAGUGGAAUGACGGCUCCUGCACAGACCUUUCCCGCUAUAAUCUAUUUUGCACAUUUUACUUUGUUUGUCAAAUACAUGUCGCCUGAAUUCCAGCUUACUGAAGUGAUGGUCAAGGCAAACACGAUUACAUUCUUAUGACAGAGUUUUAUAGCGUGUAUUGAUCAUAUACCGUGUGAGUAAAAAAAAAAAUAAUAAUCCCCAAUUUAAGGGAAAAAAUAUGUCAUGAACACAUGAUUAUUAUAUAUGGCAUGAAAGAGUAUGUUCUCCCAAAUAAUUUGAUACCAUAUUCAUGUGGUAAAUGGUAACGCCUGGAUGAUUAUUAGGAGGUGUUCUUUGCAGUGAUGUAAGUUUUGAUUUGCGCCAAAGUAAGGCAUGACUGCAAUGAAUGAAUCCAGAUGCCAAUGGUGUCAUGAUCCGACAAAAGUUGCAUUGAAAUCCAAUUUUUUUCAGGAAUUUACAUUAUAAUUAUUUGAUUAACACUUUUGAGUAUCAAUUUGCAAGUUAAUUUCAUUAAAAAGGGAUUUGCAAAUAUGUUUACUAAUUCAUGCAGGAUUAUGACAUCAUUUGCAUCUGUGGUUCAUUCCUUGCAGUUAUGCCUUACUUUGGCGAAAGUCAAAAUUUACAUCACUGCAAAGAAUACAUUCUGAUUAUCCAAGCGUAAAGACUUACCACAUAAAUAUGGUAUAAAAUUAUUUGGGAGAAGAUACUCUUUCCAUUCAAAUCAUGAUUAUGCGUUCAUGACAUUUUCUUUUUAAAUUGGGAAUUAUUUUGUAAGGUGUCAUUUCUUUUUACUCUCACGGUAUUAUAAUAUUGAUACUUAUUAUAUAUAAAUGUAGUACAUGUAUUAUUGUCGGUGAGAUUUUGCAUUCUUUCCCAAUAUUGUCAUUGAAGAUGAUUAUGCUCUGUCAACCAUGGCCGUACGCAGUGGGGACGGGGGCAGUUGCCCCCCCCCCCCCCAAUUUCUUAAAAACUUAAACUUUCUACUGAAAAUUUUCAUAAAAUCACCAAAUGUGCGCUCGAAAUGAUUUCAUGUCUCUUUAGAAAAUGCAAAAGCGCCCACAUGGCGAGCUCGGUCGCUUCGUUCCCUCGCUUUCGAGUUUCUUUGAAAUCUUGUAUGCAUGCCCCCGUAAAAAAAAAUCUGCGUACGGUCAUGCUGUCCAAUUUAACCAGCCUCGACAAUUUCUGUGCAGUAGACUAGGUCGUAAUGUAAUUCAUUGGCAUUUUAUUGUAUAAAUAGUUAUUGCGUAAAUUUGUGAAGCGUGUCUACGUCAUACUGAUAGUUAUCAUUUAGAUCAAGGUUAUUUCUUUUAAAUCAAAUUCAGUAACUUGCCUAGUAUACAAAAAUAUCUUCUAUUAAUUGCACAUGAUACGAAAUACAAAACACCAGAUCAGAAACAUACAAAGUGAAUUAUAGUCGUUUAAAUGAGAAAUAGACUAAAUGCUCAUUAUUAAAGGUCAAGUCCACCCCAGAAAAAUAUUGAUUUUGAAUAAAUAGAGAAAAUCAAACAUGGAUUAUGCUGAUUAUGCUGAAAAUAAGAAAGUUAUGACAUUUUAAAGUUUCGCUUAUUUUCACAAAACAGUGAUAUGCACAACUCAGUGACAUGCAAAUGAGACAGUCGAUGAUGUCCCUCACUCACUCAAUAUUUAUUUUGUUUUUUAUUGUUUGAUUAAACAAUAUUUCAUUUUUUUUUACAGAUUUGACAAUAAGGACCAACUUGACUGAACCAUAUUUUAAACAAUGCUUAUUGCACAUGCCCAGGGAGGAAUUAAUUGUUGUUUCACAUGACAACAGUGAGAAAAUUUGAAUAUUUCAUAUAAUAAAAUACAAAAGAAAUGGUGAGUGAGUGAUGUCAUCAGUCUCGACAAGGAUGUGAAUAUAACUGUUUUGUGAAAUUAGGCGAAACUUUAAAAAAUCUACUUUUUGUUGGGGUGGACUUGUCCUUUAACACCUGUUUAAUGUAUUAAGGUAGGGCCUAUACGUUUUUAUUCCUAUAAAUUCCUAUAACUGUUUAAAAAAAAUAACAUGUUCUUUUUAGGAGGGGCAUGGAGGAAAAUAAACAAAGAAAAUGCAUAAUAGUAUCGUAAUUUAUAUCAUGAUCUAGUUUCUGACCUGUCACCGCUAGAAUGUUCGUAUGCCGGUAGAUAUCCGACAAAUUAACUUAUUUUGUUGAAUUUUCUAAUAAUAACGAUAACAAUAAUAAUUAAUAAUUCAAUAUUUAUAUAGCGCCUAUUAAAAUUUCUCUAAGUGCUUUACAUUACAAAACCUAACUACGCAACUUAUUUAACUAAACUCAAUUACUUAUCCAACUUAACUACCUUAAAUAACUUAACAAGUUAUAACAUGUUAUUCUUAAACAACUUAACUACCAAAUUGACUACAAAGGACAAAUUAACUCCUGGGACUGAGGAGACAACCCCUGUAAAUGAAUCACUUUCCAUCACAAUUUCAUCCAAUUCAAAUGGUGGAGCAGGUAUCCGUCGAAAACACCCGUAUUUUCAUUUGCAGAUUCUUGCAGAAAUCAUUACACUUAACAGGGGUUGACUCCCGAGCCCCAGGAGAUGAUGCACAUUAGCUCACCCUCCCCGGUGAUAGAGUGUGGUCUUCUGUUCUUUUGGUGCUAAACCACAGGAUCCACAUCCGAUAAACAUAGGAGACAAGAAAUUCCCUGUUCCCGUCAGGGCUAUAGUUUGUCACCUCUACUCUUUUGCUAAAUCAGCUAUUCUCACAAUGAUGCAUGCAAACGCUGCCAGGAAGCAUAAAAAAAGGAACGCCACGCCCUUAACACGACUUAGCAACAUCCCAAGAAAUACUUCGCAAUAAGGGAAAAUAAUGGUAUGCAGUCUGCAGAGUAUAUCCAUAUAUGUGUUAUACAUCUACAUUUUAGAUUUAAGGGUGACUUGCACUUUUGACAUGUCUCAGAGCUCAUUGGAACAUGUUAGUAUUCAAUAGAUCAAUUCCAACACCAUGUAUCUGGCCCUCUAUCGGUGAUACGAUAUCUUUGGUGGGCAAGCGCGCUGACAGCGAUUUUGGUCUUGGUAGAAAGUCAGUGAAAAAAAUGCUAUGGUGUUUGUAAUUUGUUUCAUCAUAAAUCAAUAAAGCAAUGCAUGGCAUA